AUGCUCUCUUCCAAGGAGAUAAGGAUCACCACUUUGCUAGUCAUUGACACGCUCUUUUUCUUUCUGGAAAUUAUCGUUGGUUAUGGAGUACACUCCUUAGCCUUGAUUGCAGACUCUUUCCACAUGCUGAACGACAUUUUCUCUUUGUUGGUGGCGUUGUGGGCUGUCGGAGUUGCGAAGAACAAGGGCGUGGACUCCACGUACACGUAUGGGUGGAAAAGAGCCGAAAUUUUGGGUGCUCUGAUCAACGCGGUGUUUUUGAUUGCGUUGUGCGUUUCCAUUUUGAUCGAGGCAAUCCAGCGGUUCUUCGAGCCUCAGGAAAUCAACAACCCCAAAUUGGUGCUUACUGUCGGAUUUGCAGGUCUUUUGUCGAAUAUCGUUGGUUUAUUUCUGUUCCACGAGCAUGGCCAUUCCCACGGUCAUGGCCACGGCCACGGCCACUCCCACGGUGCUGAAGCCCAACAUGAUUACGAAGCAGGCGAUGGCGAUGACGACUUCUCACGCGACGAUUCUUCCCACGAUCUGAAUGACAUGCUUCCCUCCACUGUGGUCCACACUUACACCCCAGAAACGUCCUCUCUGCUUGGUAACAAAACCAAUAAUGGCCACAGUCAUAGUCACGGAAGCAACACCAACAGCGGUGAACACUCCAACAGCAAAUCGGCUCCUGUUAAAGCUCAAAAGUCUCUUAAUAUGCAAGGUGUAUUCUUGCAUGUGUUGGGAGACGCGUUGGGAAACGUUGGUGUCAUGGCCACUGCUCUUUUCAUUUGGAAAACGGACUACUCUUGGAGAUUCUACACGGAUCCAGCUGUAUCGCUUCUAAUCACGGUCAUUAUUUUCUCGUCUGCUCUACCGUUGGCUAACAAAGCCUCACAUAUUCUUCUUCAGGCUACACCACCCACUGUUUCAGCUGACGAAGUGCAACGUGAGAUACUCAACGUCCCAGGCGUUGUGUCUGUUCACGACUUCCACAUUUGGAACCUGACCGAGUCUCUAUCCAUCGGAUCUGCGCACAUAGAAGUGGAUGCUAAUCCCGAGCGUUUCACAGAAAUCGCAAAGACAGUCAGAGGUAUUUUCCACCGUCACAACGUUCAUUCUGCUACUGUACAACCGGAAUUCCGCAGUGCAAAUGUCAGUGAUGACACCCAGAAAGCCUUUUCCCGUCUAGCGGGCGGUGAGAUUAAUCAGUCUCCUGCCGCUUUGAUCUCCCAGGGUCCAGAGAGGAGAAACAACUCUUACGGCAGUAUUAGAGAAAACCAUUGUGCUGUUGACGAGGCUGCUAAUUGCAACACCGUCAACUGCUUACCUUCGAACUGA